AAAAAUAUCCCAACUCUCAAACCAUUUCGUAAAAUCCCCAAAUUCCCAGCCUCGAACUUUUCUCUCACAACUCCAACAAUGGCGCCCAAGGCUGAGAAGAAGCCUGCCGAGAAGAAGCCUGCUGAGGAGAAGAAGUCCACAGUAGCUGAGAAAGCCCCGGCGGAGAAGAAGCCCAAGGCCGGCAAGAAGCUCCCGAAGGAAGCCGGAGCCGCCGCCGGAGAUAAGAAGAAGAAGAGAUCGAAGAAGAGCGUAGAGACCUACAAGAUCUACAUCUUCAAGGUUCUGAAGCAGGUCCACCCUGAUAUCGGGAUCUCCAGCAAGGCCAUGGGCAUCAUGAACAGUUUCAUCAACGACAUCUUCGAGAAGCUCGCUCAGGAGUCUUCGAGGCUUGCGAGGUACAACAAGAAGCCGACGAUUACUUCUCGGGAGAUUCAAACUGCUGUGAGGCUCGUGCUUCCCGGUGAGCUCGCCAAGCACGCCGUUUCUGAAGGGACCAAGGCGGUGACCAAGUUUACAAGCUCUUGAAGGGCGUUGUUGGGGUGUGGGUGUGGAUUGGAAUGGCUGCUCUUUGAUUAGGGUUAGGGUUGUAAUUAGUAAAUGUGUAUUUUUCGUUCCUGCUCUGGUUCAUAUAAUAUUCGGUGUUUUGCCUAUAUGUUGUUGGAUUGUGUGGGAUUUUUUGAUUGGGAAUCCUACCGCAUGUCAUUUGAUAUUUUUGACCCAAUUGUUUUUGGAUAUUUUUGGUCCUUUAGUGCUUCAAUUUGUGAAAUAUUGGGUUUUUAUGUUAUUCUGCUAUUAGUGAUCAUGUUGUAGAAUGACAUUUGUUCGUCGUUUUAUAGAGAUUUUGGUUCUCAGUA